CCCAGGUAGGAACCGGCGCGGGCGAUGGACCACGGACUCGGAGCCGUAGGGGCCCGGCAGGAGGGGAGGAUGGGCUGAGACCCGCCUCUCAGGCACAGGCAGCCUCGCGGCCCAGGGAAGCCCCCCAGCUUGGUUCCUUCCCAAAGCGAGCCGGAGUCUGUGCUUGGGGGAGUGGGGGGCACAGCUCGAAGGAGCCAGAGGAAUCCACAGGCAGAGAUCUAAGCGGCACAGACAUGCCGGUGCUGUCUGAGGACUCCGGUUUGCAUGAAACCCUGGCACUACUGACCUCUCAGCUGAGACCUGACUCCAACCACAAGGAAGAGAUGGGCUUUCUGAGGGAUGUUUUCAGCGAAAAAAGCCUCAGUUAUUUAAUGAAGAUCCACGAGAAGCUUCGCUAUUACGAGAGGCAAAGUCCAACCCCCGUCCUGCACAGCGCUGUGGCCCUCGCCGAAGAUGUGAUGGAGGAGCUGCAGGCUGCCUCUGUGCACAGCGACGAGAGGGAGCUGCUCCAGCUGCUGUCCACCCCCCACCUCAGGGCCAUGCUCAUGGUACACGACACAGUCGCCCAGAAGAAUUUUGACCCCGUUCUCCCCCCUCUGCCUGAUAACAUCGACGAGGAUUUUGAUGAAGAAUCAGUGAAGAUUGUCCGCCUGGUGAAAAACAAGGAACCCUUGGGGGCCACCAUCCGGCGGGAUGAGCACUCAGGGGCUGUUGUGGUGGCCAGGAUCAUGCGAGGGGGCGCAGCAGACCGGAGCGGGCUGGUCCACGUUGGAGACGAGCUCCGGGAAGUGAACGGGAUCACAGUCCUGCACAAGCGGCCCGAUGAGAUUAGCCAGAUUCUGGCGCAGUCCCAGGGAUCCAUCACCCUGAAAAUCAUCCCAGCCACCCAGGAGGAAGACCGCCUAAAGGACAGCAAGGUGUUCAUGCGGGCCCUCUUCCACUACAACCCUCGGGAAGACCGGGCCAUUCCUUGCCAGGAGGCAGGCCUGCCCUUCCAGCGCAGGCAGGUCCUGGAGGUGGUGAGUCAGGAUGAUCCCACGUGGUGGCAGGCCAAGCGAGUGGGGGACACCAACCUUCGAGCUGGCCUCAUCCCUUCCAAGCAGUUCCAGGAAAGGCGACUGAACUACCGGAGAGCCACAGGCACCCUGCCGAGUCCCCAGAGCCUCAAGAAGCCCCCCUAUGAUGAGCCCUGUGACAAAGAGACCUGUGACUGUGAGGGGUAUUUCAAAGGACAUUACGUGGCUGGUCUUCGGAGGAGCUUCCGGCUGGGCCGCAGAGAGAGACUGGGAAGCCCACAGGAAGGAAAGACAUCUGCAGUGGCCGAGUCUCCGGAGCUGCCGACUUACGAGGAGGUGACCAGGUACCAGCACCAGCCUGGCGAGCGGCCCCGCCUGGUGGUUCUGAUCGGGUCUCUGGGAGCCCGACUACACCAGCUGAAACAGAAGGUGGUGGCAGAGAACCCUCAGCAUUUUGGUGUUGCUAUUCCACAUACCACCAGGCCCCGGAAGAGCCAUGAGAAGGAAGGAGUAGAGUAUCACUUUGUCUCUAAGCAAACAUUUGAAGCUGACUUGCAUCACAACAAGUUCCUGGAGCAUGGUGAAUAUAAGGAAAACCUGUACGGAACCAGCCUGGAAGCCAUUCGGGUUGUGAUGGCCAAAAACAAAGUUUGUUUGGUGGACGUGGAGCCAGAUGCACUGCAACAACUGAGGACCUCAGAGUUUAAACCCUAUGUUAUAUUUGUAAAGCCUGCAGUUCAGGAAAAAAGGAAGACGCCACCCAUGUCUCCAGCUUGUGAGGAUGCAGCAGCCCCACUUGAUGAGGAGCAGCAAGAGAUGGCCGCCUCUGCCUCCUUCAUAGACCAGCAUUAUGGGCACCUGGUGGAUGCUGUACUGGUUAAGGAGGACCUCCAGAGUGCGUACAGCCAGCUCAGAGCGCUCUUAGAGAGGCUGAACAAGGACACUCACUGGGUACCUAUUAGUUGGGUCAGGUGACUGUAUCCUAGAACAUCCAGAUUGGAGGGGACCUGGAAGACCACCUGGCCCAGCCUACCCCAUGCUACCAUUAAGGAAUCUCAAGUGAGAGGGGCAGAAAUUUCCAUAAACUCCAUCCUCAAGAAGAGUCUCUGUGGGAAGUCUUGUUUGUCAUUGGUUUUUGUCCAUUGCUUUUCACUGCACUCCUUUGGAGCAGAAAACACAAGUCAAAAGGGGGUAUAUAUCACAGUAUAACACAUGUCAUUCAUUAAAGUAUCACAGGCAAGUUGACCCUGAUUCUCUGUACCAAAGUUGAGUAGCCACUGUCUUUAGGCGGGGGAGGUAGUGGUGAAUGUAUGCAGUACCAGUUUGCAGAGGUAAUUUAAGCUUUAUAAACACUGACACUUCAUUUAUCGGGCUUUGUCUGAAGUUGAGUUGUUUUACCCAGGAGGACUUAACAUGCAACUGAAGUUCGCCUGUCUUCAGGCAGUAAAAUGUUGAUCUUUUGAAAGUUUUUGAAAGUUUUUGUUUGCCUUGCAAUGGAAAAUGUGGUUCUCUGCCUUCUUGAAUAGUGAGCAUUCACAAACUUUUUUGACAGACUAAGAUAUGCUUCCCUGUCACCAUGAGUUAUUGUACUAUUCUAUGAUACGGUGGUGUUUUCAGGGACUCUUGUGGAAUGUAAGGCUGCUUGUGCCUUUUCUAUAUAUCCUCAGACUCCAAAAAUUUACCCUUGCUUGCUUUGAUUUAUUCUGUUCUGUCACUUGUCUCUCGUUACUGACAGUUGCCCUGGUUCUCACCUGUCCCUUCCUUCAGAUUAUAGGAGCUCCUGACAUGCUAGGUCAUGGAAAAACAGAUGAUCCCCACACCUCCAGCCCCCACCCCCAUCAAAUCUAUGUCUAAACCACAAUAAAUCAGUCCUGACC